CAGAGCGGUGUUAUAAAAUUAACGCUACUUUCAGACUUGAGGCGGGACAUAGGAGAGGCUGGGCUGACCUGGGGUGAAGCUGAGAUGUCCGUUGGGUGUCGCUGUGGCUCAAAGAAACGGGAAGUAAACAGAGCAGCAGUAAUGGCCUCUGACUCAGGACUACCGGCAGUUUCUUCUCAAAAUCUGGGAAUAACAAUAGCUAUAAUAUCAAGUUUCAUUAAUGGGUCGACAUUUGUGCUGCAGAAAAAAGGGAUACUACGUUCCCGCCACAGAGGAAGGUCGUACCUCACAGAUGUGGUGUGGUGGAGUGGGACACUGUGUAUGAUUACGGGUCAGGUUGGUAAUUUCCUGGCAUACAAUGUGGCCCCUGCGGUGGUAGUUACUCCUCUGGGAGCCCUGGGAGUGCUGUUUGGGGCUGUGUUGGCCUCCUGGAUCUUGAAAGAGCAUUUAAGCAUCCUGGGGAAGCUCGGCUGUGUUUUAUGCUGCUGCGGCUCUGUGGUGCUCAUCAUUCACGCCCCGACAGCAGAGGCAACUUCAAGGCUCGAGUUGGAGGAGAGGCUCCUCGACCCAGUGUUUGUCACGUACGCCCUUGUGGUGGUCCUGCUGCUGGUCAUUCUCAUCGUGUGGGUCGCUCCAGCUCAUGGCACAUCUAACAUCAUGGUGUACGUUGCCAUAUGUUCCUUGCUGGGAAGCUUCACAGUGCCGAGCAGCAAAGGCCUCGGCUUGGCGGUUCCGGACGCAUUCGGCGAGGGCCCGUCAAGCAGCAGGGCUCGGGCGCUCUUCCUGGGCUUGCUGGGCACGCUGGCUGUCAGUAUCCUCACACAGUUCUUCUUCAUCAACAAGGCGCUGGAGUGUUUCAGCUCCAACAUAUUUGAAGCGAUUUACUAUGUGACGUUCACGUCCACCGUGAUUUUAGCUUCCGGUCUUCUCUUUAAGGAGUGGACCGCGCUGACUAUAACAGACAGCCUCGCCAUACUGUGUGCUUUAACCACGGUGUGCGUCGGUGUUGUUUUACUGCACAUUUCCCAGGAGGCGCUGAUUACGUGGAAGAAAAAAGAGGAAAAGUCAGACUGAUUCAGAUGCCUUUUAAUCCUUUACAUCGUGUCUGCGCCAAAGUUGAGUUCCUGAGACUUUUUCCUACCUCCAGUUUGAAUGACCAAAACAACAUAAGAUAUAUAGUUAGUUUAUUUGAUCUUAAAUAUGUUUGAAGUAACACUAGAUAUGAUGUUAACCCUUUCAUCUCGUUAACCCUCAAUCAGGCGAAUUAUCUUAUGACACCUUUUAUUUUAAAGAAGAUUAUAUUUUUAAUGUUUCUCUCUGUGUUUCUAAUGCCUUUAUCUACGACUGAGUGAACUUUAACAAACUCUAAAUCAUCUGGUUUGGGGAUGUGGAGUUCAAAGAUUUUGUGCAGAAACAUUAAAAAUCAGGGACCCUCUUUCUCUUCUCCAUGUGUUGUCCACUGUAAAAUAUCACAGUUUAAUGAAAAGAAGCAGAAACCAGUGGUCCAAAUCCCGUUUUUGUUUCUUUUGUUUUUUAAAAUGGAAAAAAAAGAAAAGAAAAGUUGGAGGACGUGUAGACUGAUAGAACAUUUUCUUGCUUGAAAAACUCUAAAGAGCACUGGAGUCAUAAAUGAGGCAUUUCAUUACAAGCUUAAAUGUGGUCUGAGGACCGACAGUUAAUUUGUCACUGUUGUGUAAAUAACUUUCUUCCUUUCCUCCAGAGUCUUGCCCAUCAGGCUUUUACAGGCUGUCUCAGUUCUUAGAAUCACCUCCGUGAGUUCAGGCCGCCUGUAAAUUAUUGAAGGUAACUCCAUAAGCUGCCUCUUCAGCUGUGUGGAGGACGACUGAGUAUUCUGUGCAAAGGAGAAUUUUGUAACACAUUCCUUCUCUUCUGUGGCCACUCGCUGUUUACAUGAAUACAUUAAAA